AUGAUUGGUGGAUACAUUCAUCCUGGUAACCCAGUCGCUAACAUGUACUUCACCCUCUACGGUUAUAACUCUGUUCAACAGGCAUUCGCCAUGUUGCAAGAUUUGAAGCAAGGUCAAUACGUCAAGCUCUCGCCUAGAUCUACUUUUGCUGCUCAAAUUUUGGGUAGUAUUAUUGGCUCGAUUUUCAACUACAUCAUGAUGGAAAAUAUUGUUGACAACCAAGCUGACAUUUUGAGAUCUAUUGAAGGUACUGCUAUCUGGUCCGGUCAAAAUGUUCAACAAUACAACACUCAAGGUAUUACCUGGGGUGCCCUUGCCAAGCACAUGUAUAGUGCUGGUUCACGUUACGAGUGGGUAAACUUUUCUUUGGCUCUUGGAUUUGCUCUCCCAUUGCCCUUCUACUUUGGCGACAAACUAUUCCCCAAGCUUGGUUUGAGAAAUAUUAAUGUUCCUAUUUUGGUUUGGUACAUCGGAUGGCUCUGUGUUGGUGUUAACUCAUCCAUUACUUCUUAUUUCAUUGUUGCUUUCGGAAGUCAAUGGUACUUGAGAGUCUACCACCCCAACUUGUUCAAGAAGUACAACUAUAUUCUUGCUGCUGGUUUGACUGGUGGUGCUCAAGUUAUGGUUUUCAUUCUUUCCUUCGCUGUUGCUGGUGCCAGUGGUGCUGGUCACAACUUCCCCUCUUGGUGGGGCAACCACCUUAGUACUGAUACCGCCAGUUACAAUUUCGACCGUUGUUAUUUCAACGAUUAA